AUUCUGGAGUGACCUAGGCAUCGCCAAACUCGCCUCGCGUAGAAUAGCGCCCCAGCUUACACGACCGAUGGUAGAGCUGAACUCUGGCGUCUUCCAGUCCCGCACCAUACGUUCAGGACUCAACAAGAACACCACUCCCGUCGUUCCCUCCCCGUUUUUUGGCUCUCAGUCGUUCCACUCUCGAGAUGGAGGUCUGCACAAACAUCAACGCCCUUCCUGACGAUAUUCUUGUCAGGAUUUUACGGAAUUCUAGUAAGACCCCUUUCGAAUCAGAAAGUGACGCUCCAUGGCCGUUCGUGAACCCCGAUCUCGCGUCCCUCUGUGCAUCCAGCACAGCUGAGAAGGAUUCCUGUGUAGAAUACCGAGAACCGUUUCCAACUCCUCCUGAUGCCGUCGUAACCCCUCCCACCGCAUCCGUCUGCCGUCUUUGGCGCCGGCUCUCCCAGCGAUCUGCCACGAAGCUUCUCGUUAAAGAAGACAGCAUCGUUUCCCUCCAGGAUAUCUCCACCGCCAUCCUCUCCUUCCCGCACCUCACCCAUCUCCAUCUGUGCGACGGCAGCGUGGAAACCUUAGACGAUGCGUUUCUCGCUCACCUUGCCUCGUCAUGCCCCAAGCUGACGGCUCUCCACGUGGGACGGGGGAUCACACAGGUCGUUUCUGAUUCGUGGAAAUUCGAGCACCCUAUAACCGACGCCGGUUUGGAUCAUUUCUUCCGCCGGUGCACUCGGCUCGAGCAGCUGUCUCUCUGCUGCCUCCAUCACGACGUCACCCUACCCCCGUCCUUCUUCCAGCUAGCGCAUCUGCACACGCUCGUUCUGACAGACGCGUCAGCACUUGACGCUCCUGGGCUCGCAAACCUUUCUUCCCUAGCCGCUCUCCAUAUCGCGUCCAGGGAGCUUGACUACGAGCAGCUCUCCAGCCUCGCUCGUCUUCCAACCCUGACAAGCCUGUCAGUGGCUGACCAAACCUUUCUCUUUCAGAGUGGUCGGCGACCAGGUGCAUUUUUCAUCGCGCAACUUUCCCGACUGAAGUCUCUGGAGUUCAUGAAACAGUGUCCUCAAUUCGAGCUCAUGUUCCCUCGGGAAUACCCGUGCCAUCAUCUCGAGCGUCUGCUCAUCACUGAUUGUGACGAGCUGCAUCACCUCCCUGACGCCCUAGGAGAGAUUCUCCCGUGCCUCCGUCAGCUGACCAUCCGCUCCUGCUAUUCCCUCACCCAGCUCCCUAGAAACCUCACCUCCCUCAGCUGCCUAGAAAGCCUGACACUUUCCAGAUGCAGCAAUCUUUCCAGCCUGCCCGAAAACUUUGGAGAGCUGACCGCGCUGAAAGCACUCGUGCUGGACCAGCUGCAUCUGCAGCACCUCCCGGACUCCCUCUGCCAGCUGCCCUCCCUGGAGUCACUCCUCCUCCUCAUUCCUCGCCGGUACAUCGGUCCGCAGGAGCCAGAUCGCAUCGUGCUUCCAGAGGGAAUUGGAGUGCUCACCAACCUCCGAACGCUGGUUUUGAGGAACUAUGGCGGCCAACCGCUCCCACCCUCGUUCACCCAGCUGCCCUCCUUGAAGCGGCUGGAAGUGGACAGCUGUCGGAUGGAAGGACUUGUGUGGGAACUGCAAGCGCUUAGCAACCUGCAGCAGCUGCGCAUCCACACCUGUCCGAUCCGGAAGCUGCCGGGAUCCCUGACAUGCCUGACAGACCUCCGAGUCCUCACAGUUGGGAACUGCGCCAGCCUCACUUCGCUCCCCAGGCGGCUGCAUCAUCUGGCGAGGCUCACGCAGCUGGAGGUUACCGGAUGUGCACGGCUGGCUGGGACCUUUGAGUCGCUGCCCUCGUCUCUCGAGGCCUUGAGCCAGGACAGCUACAAGCGUGCCAUCUCCCUGCCGGAUCUAUCGGCGCUGCAGAAGCUUAGGAGUUUGACAUUCAGGCUGCUGGGUGGUAGGAGUGGGUCUCAUCAGACUCAUGUGGGUAUGGUCUGCCACAGGGCAGAAGGUGCCACCAUGGGGCUACCGCUGGCGUUUCUUUCCCAGUUGUGGCCGCUCAGCCCUAGAAGCAUUCGAGAGAUCCUGAAGCAUGAGUUGAAAGCACCUGGUGCGGUCGUGCAGCAGCUGCGACACCUGGCGAUCCACCAUGAUGACAGAUUGAGGGAGCUGCCGCCCGCUCUCUCUGAGCUGCAGCAUCUGACGUCCCUGGAGGUUUGCCAUGCACCCAAGCUGGCAUGCCUCCCCAGUCCCUUGGGCUGCUUAUCCCAGCUGCGGAAGCUGAGCGUGUCAAACUGUAGUGCGCUGGAGCAUCUUCCAGAUUCUCUCACCCAGCUGGCUCUGCUCCAUGACUUGGACGCUUCGUACACCGCCAUUCGCUCCCUUCCCUUUGGCCUGGCUGAGUUGUCUAGGCUUCGGGAGCUCAGUCUGCAUGGCUGUAAGCAGCUGGAGGCUCUGCCUGGCGAUCUGACGGACCUUAGUGCGCUGCUGUAUUUGGGUAUUCAAGGGUGCAAACAGUUGCUUGACAGUGAGGGUAAGGUACAGCCACGUAGCAUUUGGAACAAGUACAGAUUGAUGAUAGAUAUGUAGCACCCAGACGGUUAAAGUUAUGAGAUGGAGACAGCCAGAUUACCUUGGUUGUUGAAAUUGCAAGACUCUGUUGGGUUGGGCGGAACAUGAUUCAGAACGAGGGAUUUUUAGAGG